AUGACUGAUUCUGAGCUCUCUGAGGAAAGAAUACAAGAAAUCAAAGAAAUUUUCGAUAAAUAUGACAAGGAAAAUAACGGGCAGAUAGCAGCUGAGGACGUUGCUAAUUGUCUCCGAAGCGCCGGUUCUAUGCCUUCAGUCGUCGAAGUUGAGAGCUAUUCCUUUUAUUUUGGGCCUUUUCACGCAUUCUGUAUUGCUAUUUUCUUCUUCAUUCAGGAUCUUAUACAAGAAGUCGACACGGAAAAAAAUAUACCAGCAAAUGGAAUGUCCUUUGAACAGUUUUGCCAAAUAGCGGCAAAGAAGGACAAAGAUAUCUACACAAACGAAGAUAUCCUUAAAGCUUUUCAAGUCUUUGAUACAGAAUCGACGGGGUUCCUGUCAAGAGAUAUUUUAAUGGAGGCUUUGUGCAGUUCUGGAGAAAAUCUUUCCGGCGAAGAGUUCGAAGCAAUGAUGAAAUUUGGAGGGCUGGACGCUGAUGGUCACUUUUAUUACGCGAAUUUUGUGAAUCGCUUUUCGGGAUGA